GAACUAUGGGAAACACUGGGAUGAAAUAAACAACAAGAAGAAACUGCUGAUCAGCCAAGCAUUUAAGAACAGUUCCAGUUCAUCUCUAGUCAACUAUUUCAUGGAGGUGGAUUGAAUAUAGACACCCCAUGGCUAUAUCUGUAUGCAGCUCACAAACUACAUCAGCCUCACCAUUCUACUUAUUUAUUGACUAUGGAGCUGACAACUGGAAAAGCUCUCUCCAUUAAGAAUCUCUUAGUGGAACUAUUCUAUAAAGAUCAAGGCAAUGAAAAGGAAGGGAAAGUUCACAUUUACACACCAGCUACCACGUACCUGCAGGCAUCCACAUUUAAUCAUCUUGGGAGGAAUGUUCUGCAUAGCUAUAGUGAAAUGAUAUCUCUGUGGAAUCAGCUUGUGAAGAAUGAGAUUCAUCUGGAGAAUAAUGAACGAGCCAAAUUUCUCUGCUUUAAGAUAAAGAGUACAAAACAGGAAUUUAACUUCACAGCCAGCUAUCAGAAUCUGCCAAUGCCUAAGAAGACAAACUUUUCUGUGAGGACUGUAUGGAGAGAUUAUAAAAGUCUUCCUGUCAUGCUGCAGUUUGAAGGUCAGAUAGAAGAGCUGAAGAAGGAGAAGAUGCUCUAUCAAAAAUGUGGAACCCUCCAUUUCAGGCAUCCUUUUAAAGUGCCCAUUCUGCAGAGCUUCCUUCUGCAGGAAACGUUUACUGUUGACAAAAAGCAAAAGCACUAUUUCUUGGAAACAAAAGUUUUGAUAAAUGGAGUGGAGGAAACAGUUCAAACUCUUAGACUUGGUUACCAACCUGAAAACCCCUAUAUUUGUGCUGGCAUAACUCAUCCUUAUAACUACAGGUUGUUCCCCAAAGAUGUUGAAAUAUGCAUUUUAACUCAAAGUCACCAAAAUGUGAAGCAUGAGCUUGAGACUACUUUGAAGGUCAAUAAGGAAGAUGUUCUCAGCUUUCUAGGGGGAUAUCAGGACAAAUCCAGUGAGGCAGAUUUUAGACAUCUUUUACACAUGGAUGUGACACAUUCAUUCCAGCUUGAGUUUCCACAAGCAGUGGGCCUAAGUGGGGAGCUGUUUUCCAGGCAGACUAAACUGGAACACUUUGACUACAGUGUGAGUGUAAAAGCCAUCAUCAACAAGAACAUGUCUUCACAGGCCCAGGCAGCCCUAAAGAGUUAUGGUGAGAGCAAUUUCAAUGGCUCUCUUUAUCUUCAUUCCAAUGGAAGAGACAUGCUGAUGCUGGAGGUUGAUAUGAACAAUGAAAACAGAAAGAAUGCCAGAGUUGUCGAAUUGAGGGCUUUCCUCCAUCAGACAAUCCUGACAAACCCAGAAUCAGUACAGUUCCAGCUCAUGGGCAAAAUAUUUCCAUCAAGGUAG